UCAUAUUCCCCUCUUUAACCCAUUCAGCAGUAACAACAACGCACAAAAAUCAUCUUCUUCUUUGUUUCUCUUUUGCAAAUCUCUUAUCACCAUUUCCAUAUGGCCAACAAAAAAAAUUCAUUCCCUAAAGCUUCACACGAAAAUGGACAGAAAAGUCCAAAUCCUAUUGAAGAAAAAGAAAUGGAAUUUUUUCUGAAGAUGGUGACUUUGAUGAAACCAUAGUAGAGAUAAUCAAGCACUAUAAAUGGGAAUUUUUUGUACAUCCUCCUGGAGAUUUCUGCUUGGAGCUAGUUUUGGAGUUCUAUAGGAAUCUUAACCAAGAAAAUAAUGAAUCUUCAAUCAUGGGAAGAAGAAUCAACUUUUCCCCCGAGACCAUUAACCACAUUUUUGGUCUCGAGUCAGUCAAUAAUGUGUUGAUGCACCUUCUGUUAGCUGCACCAGAUUGGGAGGAAGUCGAAGGGAAAUUAUGCCCAUGUGGUGCGAAUUGGGUGUUAAAGCCUAGUGGAGAGCACAUUGGGUACAGAAGCAGACCAUGGGUAAGUUUUAUAACCAACAGGCUAAUGCCAAAUACUAAUAAUUCUAUUGUCUUGUUACCCAGAGUGCUACUGCUUCAUGCCAUAUGCACUUGUCUGCCACUUGAUGUUGAAACUAUCAUCAAUAGCAAUAUCAAGGCAAGUGUAGAUGAUCCAAGUGCGAGGAGCAUUUUCUUUUCUUCAACAAUAACUGCUUUAUUGAGACACUUUGAUGGUCCAAGGAGAGAAUCGGGGCAAAAAGAAAGGCCAAGGCAAGCAUAUCCAAAUGCACAACUAACACUUAUGAGGUAAUUGGUCCAGAAAAUGGCGCAACUUGCUGUAAAGCAUGAUAAGGCAGAAGAAAAUAGAGCAGAGAUGAUGAACAGGAUGCAAGAAACAAUGGAAAGGGAGUUUCAUAUUAAUAUGCAGAACUGUGUAUAAUUCUUCUCUUGGUUGUGAUUUUUCUAAUGUGAUGCGUACCAUGGGUGAAAUUUGGGGAUUUCAUGAUUUGCCUCUUUUCCCACCAAUAAGAUGAUUAGAUCCUGCUACUACACCAAUUCCUCGUUUUUUUGUAAAGACGAUGUCUUGCAAACCCAACAGACAUUACUUGAUGAAAUGCUCGAACCAGGGAUACCACCUAAAGUUGAUGUUCCGAAUGGUUCAGAUGCAAUGUCUGCUCAAAGCAGUAAUAUUUUCAAAAAUUUGCCACAUCUGGAAGAUAUUACUACUUUUAAUAAUCUUGAAAGUAUUUUUUAGCCUACUCAUAAUGUAAAAGGUAAAGCAAUUGUGAUUAAUGAAAGUACUCCACAUCAGAAAAAAACAAAGAGGCUAAGAGAAGUCAUUGGAAAAGGAAAGGGAGUCCUAACAGAAGAAUCUUCUGAUUCGGAGGAUGAGGACUAAGAGAUGAAGGGAAUAUCUCUCACGCGGCGUAAUUCAUUCGGUUUAAGUGUGGGGGAACUUUGGGUUUUUGGGUAAGAGGAAAUAUGUUAUUAUUUCUUAGUGUUUAUAUAGGACCUAAUUGUUGAUGCAGCUGGUAAGUAUACGUUUUUGUUGCUGUGAAAUAUUUGCAUGUUCAUAGAACGUUUGCUUGCUGACAGGUUCAAGUUUUUGCUAGUAUGAAUAGUUGGAACAUAUCAAGACGUUCCUGUGUAAUUUAGGAACUUUUAAAUUAAUGUAAAUACUACGUUUUAAAUAUGAUUAUUGUCUUAAUUUUUUUUAAUUAAUAUAGUUUCGCAUUUAUAUA